CGAGCAUGCUAAACACACAGCCGGUCAGAGACGAGCACUCAGAAAACAGCCAAAUACAAACAGCUUUAAGGCUUCAUAGAGAAUUUAGAUUUAAUCCAUAAUGGGAUCUGAGGACAUAUUUUUGUCCUCAGAUAGUAAAUGUUUGAACUUUAUUUCGUUGUUAAUAAAAAUUAAUUAGUUUUGUUUUGACAAAUUUUGUGAUUGUAAAAAUCUAAAUGUUUGAAGUAUUUAAAUGUAGUUUUGUUUCUCUGUGUUCUCUCAGGUAUCACCUGGCGACAGGAAGUGGUGACAACACCUGUAAGGUUUGGGAGCUGAGAAACAGGAAGUGUCUGUACACAGUCCCCGCCCACCAGAACCUGCUGUCCUCUGUCCGCUUCCAACCCACAGACGGUCACUUCCUGUUGACCGGAGCUUACGACAACAUGGCGAAGGUCUGGAGUCACCCGGGCUGGACGCCGCUGAAGACGCUCGCCGGACACGAGGGGAAGGUGAUGGGCGUCGACGUGUCACCUGACGGGAAACUGAUUGCCACCUGCUCCUACGACCGCACCUUCAAACUGUGGCUGUCUGAGUGAUGUCAUGCUGAUGUCAUGCUGAUGUCACGCUGAUGUCGUCAUGAGGAGUUUUUUUUCUGCUUUUUCUGACAACGAUAUUUUCACAAAUGUUUAAGUGUUUUUGCUUUUUUUAAAUAAAAUGACAGUUUACAUUUUGGAAUCAAGUCCCUUUUUUGAAAUAAAAUGAAGAUUAUUAUGUUUUAUAAAUUAUAUUCAUGUUUAUAACGGUGAGGAGGAGAUGAGAUUA